GUUCCCGAUCGCGCCGGUUCGAAAGGUUUCCUAUUGCGUCCUCGGUGGGCGGAGAAACUUCCAUGCUCGGUUCCCGAAUAAUUUAGCUUUUCAUCUCCCGAGCGCGUGUUGGCACGGUGUCGUGUUUGGAUUUUGGCAAAACAGCUGCAAGAGCAUAAGUCUCCCGUCUGUGGAUUGUUUUACCGAAGCACACAGCCAGCCACAAGAAGGUGUGCUCGCAAGGCUGGGCGAGCUGGAUGAGACGGAAGCGGACCGGGUUCUCGUGCAUCUGAUGACCAGAAGGCCGAAUGAGACAGGCGCAUCAUAACCCGGUGAAAGGAUAGACCACAGACCGAAGAUGAUGAUGCCGAGUUUGAUUUCCAUGGAAAGUUCUGGGUGAAGGAUUUAGCACUGGUGUAGGCGGAGUCUCAGGAAAAGGGGUGUGGUCAUGGCUUCCACCACGCCAACCAAUGCCGUGCCCUCUAAGAAGAGCCGCAACAAGCCAGAGGUGGAGUCUCUGCAGGCAGCCAAUGAGGACCUGAAGAGCAAACUGAGUGACAUUCAAAAUGAGCUACAGCAGGAGAAAGCCAAGAUGUGUAAGUUGCGGGAGCGUGUCCAGGAGUUGCGUUCGCAGCGGGAGUGCGAGCAGCACAAGCACUCGGUGGCCAUGACGGAGCUGCGGGUCAAGCUACACGAGGAGCGCCAGCGCGAUGUGGCCGCCGCCCGCGAGGUGUUGGCACGGCAACAUGAGGCCGAGCUGGCCAGACUGGCGCGGGUGCGUGAUGCUGAGGUGCAGCGGCUACAGGCGCAGGUCAACGCCCUCAGGGAGGGAGGCGGAGUCAACAGCGAGAUACGGAGCAUGCUCAGAGAAGAUGCCCGGGAGGAAGUGAGGCGGGGACACGAGGCAGAGAAGCUCCGCCUCUCCCAGGAGCUGCAGGAGGUGCGGUCGGCACGGCGACAGGCAGAGGAGGCCCUGGCCGUAGUGCAGCAGGCGGACAAGGCCAAAGCAAACGAUCUCCGAGUGGCCCAUCAGCAGCACCAGGAGGAGAUCCAGAGGAUCAAGCGAGAGAGCGAGAGAGACAUCCGCCGACUGAUGGAGGAGCUGCGUGGUCGUGACCGUGUCCUGCAGACGCUGGAGAAGGAGCUGGGUGUCCAGGCGGGUCAGACCAAGAGACUCCUGCUCCAGAGGGAGGAAGCCGAGAAGAACCACGGCAGCCCCAAACGAGAGGUCGCACCCUGCAUCGGAGACAGUCCAGAGUACCCCAACAACCAGGAGAGUGCAGAUGAGAGGGAUACUCGGCGGUUUCAGCUGAAGAUUGCCGAACUGCAGUCUGUUAUCAGAAAGCUGGAGGACCGAAACGCACUGCUGUCUGAUGAAAGAAAUGAACUGCUGAAGCGGGUGCGUGAGGCGGAUGGGCAGAUGAAGCCCCUUCUGGAGAAGAACAGGCGGAUGAGUAAGAAGAAUGAUGAUCUGCUGCAGAGUCUGCAGCGCAUGGAGGACAAGCUGAAUAACCUGAGCAGAGAGAACGCUGAGCUGAAGGAGAACUCAUCACAGCAGUCAAACUCCCAGCAUGCCGCUUUAAGACGGCCCAGUUCGCUAACAGACCUAAGCCACGCCCAUGAACAGCAGGAGGUGGAGUUUCUGCGUCUCCAGGUGACGGAGCAGCGCAGAUUCAUCGAGGAGCUGCAGGAGCGAGAGAAGUUGCCGAUGAACAAGAAGAACAAGCGGAAAGGUCUGAAAGUGCCCAAGAAGCAUGUUGUGGAGACAUAUUUUGGAUUUGAUGAGGAGUCUGGGGACUCAGAAACCUCCUCGCUCACCUCCUUCAACACUGACCACACCCCGGCCACCCCAGAGGAGGAUCCAGAGGAUACUUUCUGCAGGGAGGAGGCGGAGCUACGUUUCCGUCAGCUGACUCGUGAAUACCAGGCUCUACAGCGAGCUUACGCCCUCCUACAAGAGACCACCGGCCCACUAGAUCCAGAGAGACAUUGUAGGACGCGGGAGCAGCUGCAGGCGGAGCUGACCGCUUGUCAGGCGCGGAUCGUGGACCUGGAGCGCAGCCUGGCCGAGAAGGGGCAGGUGUGUGUGAUGCAGGAUGCUAAGUGGGUGGAAGAGAAGCAGAACCUCAUCAGAACAAACCAGGAGCUCCGAGAGAAGAUCACGCAGCUGGAGCAGGCGGAGCUGCGUCUGCGGUCGGAGGUGCAGGACUCUCACGAUCAGAAUGAGCUGCUGGAGUUCCGAGUCCUCGAGCUCGAAGAACGGGAGCGUCGAUCACCUGCAUUUAACCUCCAGAUAUCUGCCAUGGAAAACAGCAGCAGCCUACAACUGCACUGUCAUGAGGAGGGAGUGCAGGAUGUGAUCAUCCCCGAGCUGGUGAAAAAGUUGGAUAUUUUGGGAGAUAAUGGGAACCUGCGCAAUGAGGAGCAGGUGACUGUGAUUCAGGCCUGCACUGUGCUUUCCCUAUGUGAGAAGUGGCUGAAGCAGAUAGACAGCACAGAGGCAGCUCUUACUCAGAAGAUGGUUGAUCUGGAGAAUGAGAAGGAGCUGUUCAGCAAGCAGAAAGGCUUCCUGGAGGAGGAGCUGGACUACAGGAAGCAGGCUUUAGACCACGCCCACAUGAGGGUGCGGGAGUUGGAGGCCACACUGUAUGCCAUGUUGCAGCAGAACCCUGACAGCCGUUUGGGCGAGACUUUGAAUGACAGGCAGAGGGUGGAGCUUGCAGAGGCGAUGGAGGCGGUGCGGAGGCAAAUCCUCCGACAGAGCAGACAGGCAGACAGCAUCAUUCUACAACAACGUAUGGAACUACUACAGUCAGCACAGCAGCGAAUCAGAGAACUGGAGGAUAAGAUCGAUCUGCAGAGACGCCAAAUCAAAGAGAUAGAGGAGAAGUUUUUGUUCCUGUUCUUGUUCUUCUCUCUAGCGUUUAUCCUCUGGCCUUAACACAAACACACACACACACACACACAAUCACACUCCUCACAAUCAGAAACCACUCAC